AAACAACGCCUCGAAUUUCCAAUUUCUUCUCCUCCUCUCCCGCUAUGCCAUUGAAAUUUUGGAAGCCCGGUACUGCUGAGCCGGGGAGUGCCCUCGACAGAGCAACAGAGGCAGAGGGAAAUGUCGUCGGGUCGUCGUCGCAGCAUUCUUCUCUCUCGGUCCAGAGCCAGCGGGAACGUCUGCCCAUCUUCAAGCAUCGUGAAAAGCUGCUAUACUGCAUAGAAAAGUACGGAGUGACCAUUGUAGUCGGCCAAACGGGAUGCGGCAAAACCACUCGUUGAGCUACCGCAGUAUCUCUUAGAAGCCGGAUGGGCUGCUCAACGAAAUGUAAUUGCCUGUACUCAGCCACGUCGUGUUGC